AUGGAAGUGUUCUCGGGGGAAAAGAAACGACGCCAUGAUUACUUUCUUAAAGUAAUUCAAAAACGAAUAGCCGACGUGAAAAAUGUUCACCGUAUCAUUCUGAUUGGAACCGGUGAAUCGGGUAAAUCUACGUUUGUAAAGCAAAUGAAAUUGCUCAGCUCAUUCAAUCAAACGUUCCCGGAUAAGUAUCGCGAGAAGUUUAUUGCCGAGAUACAGCGCAACCUUGUCCAGUCAUUGGCUUCAAUUCUGUUGUUUAUGGAACAAGAGAACAUUCCUUUUGGUACGGAAGAUCCGGCACUGAUCAAAUCCAAAGCGCGAAUAUUAGCCAUCAAAGGAGAACUAGAUCGAGCUCCUGAUUCUAUUGCACAAUAUGCAGCCUCACCAGAUCCAUCACGACGCAAAGAAUUUUACGAUGAUUGCAGUCGAUUGUGGGCCGACAAAGCCGUCAAAGAGACACAUCUGAAGGGCAAUGAAUUUCAGCUAAUUGACUGUGCUCAAUACUUUCUGGAUAAGAUUGAUGAGGUGCGUGAUCCGCGCUAUAAACCCUCAGAUGAUGAUGUGCUUCAGAGUCGGACAAAAACGUUAGGCAUUCAUACGGAA